GACAGGCCUACAAGGGUAAAAGCCACUACGCGACAGGCCCGCAAGGGUAAAAGCCACUACGCGACAGGCCCGCAAGGGUAAAAGCCACUACGCGACAGGCCCGCAAGGGUAAAAGCCACAACGCGACAGGCCCGCAAGGGAAAAAGCCACUACGUGACAGGCCCGCAAGGGUAAAAGCCACUACGCGACAGGCCCGCAAGGGUAAAAGCCACUACGCGACAGGCCCGCAAGGGUAAAAGCCACUACGCGACAGGCCCGCAAGGGUAAAAGCCACUACGCGACAGGCCCGCAAGGGUAAAAGCCACUACGCGACAGGCCCGCAAGGGUAAAAGCCACUACGCGACAGGCCCGCAAGGGUAAAAGCCACUACGCGACAGGCCCGCAAGGGUAAAAGCCACUACGCGACAGGCCCGCAUGGGUAAAAGCCACAAAGCGCUUAGCUGCAUAUAUUAGCCACCACCACCGCGCUUAAGUCUGAAGCUAUGCGUUGAUAAUAUCUGCAGUCUGGUGCUUCAGUGGUUUUUACCCAUACUUACAUGCGGGCUUGUCGCGUAGUCGCGAAGCCGGUUGACGACAACUUUUUGUCAAUCGACUGUAUCUCGCGAGUGAUUGGUCGGAGCAAACAUUGCAUACAUAUUUCCGGAUUUCCGGUGCCAAUGGUUUUACGAAGAAAUACUAUGCCAAAUUAUAGAUCUAUUUCCAUUAAUGUCUCACUUAAAGAAUUUAUGUUCUACAGCCUGCAGUGUGUACUAGAUUUAAAAAAUAGGAAACCGGUGUAAACUUCUGCGUUUUUGGUUACUUCCUAGCCUCGUCCCCAGGCUCUUUUGUUAGUGACGUCACACGCCAUUUUGAAAAUAAAAUAUGACCGCGUUGCAUCAUGGGGCCUAUGAAAAAGAGCCGACAAUGGAGAGGCGUGGGGACGACGCUGGUAACGUCCCUCUAAAACAUUUAGCCUCGUCCCCAGGCUACUUCCUUCCUGUCAGCUCCAUGAUGCCUUGCGCGCAGACUCACACUUUCAAAGAUGGCGGACGCUUCAUGCUGAUUUAGAGUAGAAAGGGCCCAUGACUUCAUAGCCAUGCGAAGCGUGAUAGGCCCUCCGAGAAGCCUAGGGAUAAGGCUAUAAAACAUUAUCUAUGAAUUAAGGCACCGAGAUUUUGUCAUAUAAGUUACCCAUGACGUAACUGGGGUAACUUCUCACCAAAGGCAACAUUGAAAAGGCGUAAAUGAAAUAAGUCACUCGUAUCGAAGAAACCUUUCAAUGUAGAAUGCAAAUACAGUAUAGUCAAAUCAAUACACUGUUAAACUGUUAAACAUACAUUAUAUGCAGCAAACGAUUGCCAUUGAAUUUAUAUCAAACAAAUUUUUAAAAGUAAAUUCGUUCAUCGCCUUAUUAGGCGAUUGCAUACCGUGUUUGGUAUUUAGUACUUACUAAGGUACUACGGAAGAGUUGGAAAAUGUAUAUUUUGUUUCUCUACUGCGAUACUGUGCUACUACGGUAGGGGUUUGAUGGAAAUGUUUUUUUUUCUUCUCUACUACCACACUACAGUACAUCGGUAGGGGUUAGAUGGUAAUUAUAUUCUUUUUUCCUACUAUAAUUCUUCUUUUAAAUAGAACUAUUGUUCAAACAAGCGCAUUGUAUAGCAUAUGAUCUUUACAUUACAAGCUACGCCGAAAGCUGCUAAUUUUUCUUUAUGAAACAAACGGUUAGUAUUUGCAUUUACAUCCGCUCUCAAAUGUUUGACAUUGUUAUCAUAGACAAAAGAGCGCUAAAGACAGAGCAGGGAAUUUUUGUGGAUUUAAAUCCCAAAUUUCCCAGCCUUGACUGAAGCUAUUGUGUUUAUACUACCGCUUUGGACUUGCCUUGAACUGUAAGUUUAAAUACCCAUUUUAUACCAAUUCCCGAUUUUCUUCUAUUUUAAAAUGUUAGUUCCCUUCUUAAAACGUAUUUUCUACAGUAUUCUAAGAAACUCGAAAUAGCGGUUAGGCCAAAGUAAGUCAAAGGGCAUCGGAGUAAACACACUAGUCACGGGGCAUUCGAUGAAACAGUUAUAUUAAAUUUUCUUUUGUCAAAAAGAAAAUCACCUUACCAAUAUCUGGUGUUUAUUUGCUAAUAAUGACUUGAUUUUUUUUUCUUUUUUUUUUCUCGAAGAACAGGCCCAGCAUGAUAUAUUCAUCAUUAUGUCAUGGAUUCGCCAUUUGGUAGCACAGUUAAAUGGGAUUUAAGAGAUUAUUCAGCAUGUACCCUAACCUCAAAGAUCACUUCGGUGAGUUCAAAAAUAUCAAAAUUGAUGAAAUCGAUGAAAGCCAAAGUCACCUCAGACGAGUGUUGACUGCAAUGGAUAACUGCGUCGCCGCUCUUGGAGACUCUGUGUCUUUUUCCGCGUACGCAGAAGAGCUGGGAAGGAGGCAUAACCGACGCAACUUCCGGCCACGCCUGAUGCACUUGAACGCUUUUCGCUCGUGCUUCAUUUCUGUCGUCCAUGAAAUCCUAGCGAUGGCCUACCUGUGGGAUCCAGAAGUCGAGCAGGCCUGGAACCGACUUUUCGACUAUAUAACUAUCUUAAUGUUACGAGGCAUUCAACUCGCUGAAGAGUGACUUAAAAAUGCCUUCGAUAACAAUGUAUUGUAUUCAUCGGGAAAGAACACACAACGCCGUCGGUCGAUCCCAUUAGCGUAGUAAACAAGAGUUUAAUAGUUUAUUGCAAAAGUCAUAUGUUAAAAAUAUACAUUUAUCAAAAUCUUCAAUUUACGAGCGAUCAGCUUUUUAGCCGAUUGUUACGUUCUUUGCUCGCGGCUUCCCAACGGAAGGCUCGCACCGGUUUUGUUAUGGCACUGAGUUUAACGCAUAGGAGCUUUUUGUAGAACAUUAGCCACUGAAGGUAUUAAUAAUGCUUUUAUUUUUUUAAGGCUUCUAUCUUAAACAAAGACAUAAUUUUUAAUCAACUAUCUAUUUAAGGUAAUUCCCUUGAAAUAGUUCUACAGCCCAGAAUUUUUUUAAACU